GACGUGGGUGUCAUGAUGGCACCAGGCGCCCGCUACGAGAACGGUGUCACAGAAACUGGCCACUGCUGGUCCAUUUGGAACGCAGACACGCAGGAGGAACUGGGCCUCAUCCACGUGCUCACGGACGAGAUGCACUGUCUCUCCGCCGCACUCGAGCUGAUUGCGAAGAGCCCGCCCCCGCUGAAAACGUUGACCGCAAGCCUCAUCGAAGCUGUGCAAAGCACUUCUCCUGACUGGCGGGCCUUUGUGUCGCAACAGGUCGGGGAGGGCAUCGUCCUUAUGCGGCGUCCCUACCGCGAGCUCUCGAUACGAAGCCGGGUGACUCCCGUGAAGAGCCAGUAUGGAUGGAGUUCAGCGCCUGAGACGCACUGCAUGAUCUAUGCUGGGCAUCUUCUAGGCUUUGGCGACGCAGAUGGCUCCAAAGGCCAGGAUGGCAAGACCACGAUCCUUGAUCAGGAUGGCAAGCCUUUCCCAGCGGAGUCCUACAUUCCGGGCCUGCAGUCAAUCUGCGCAUGCGUCAUUCCCAGAGAGCAGGUGGACAAGGCCCGAGUGCUGCACCGCCUCACGCAGUACGAGACCAUCCUGGCCUCGAGAUCACGGGCUCUGGAUCCACAGUCCCCGGAGAGCCGACACGGGUUCCGUUUGGUGGAGCGCGCCACCAUGGAGCCUGCGGUCACCAUGACCAGCCAAGGUGACGCUGAAGCCAUGCGACGGCAGUUGGAGGAACGUGGUCUGCCAACUAAGAAGAGGGUUGGGAACAAGAGCUGA